ACUAAAUAUUUGAGACCAACUAUAGCGUUAUAUUGAACACAUUGUAUGGCUGUAUAAUAAAUGUGGUUCUUAACCUGUAACGUAAGAAGCUGUACUUGACAGACUGUAAAGGCAUAUGUUUACAUUACCAAAAUGGUUCUACUGGAGAACGAUGUGUUUCUAGUGGAGCUGACACGACUUUUUGACAAGUCUCGCAUUUCUGGUUCUGUAGUGCUCACUAUUAAAAGGUUUAAUGGACACAAUAAACCAGUGCCUAGGGAAGGCAGGCCUCCUCUGCCAACUCCAAGCGAAUUUCUCUGUUUAGUGAGAGCUACUUUGAGAUCCAAGAAAAUUUCUACUGUUAUUCAUUCCAAGGAUGUAAAUAAAUUUCAACAAGCAUAUUGGAACCUAUUAAAGUCAAAUAUCAACGGUCUUAAGAAAUUAAAGAAAGUCAAAUCUGCGAAACCUAAAGUUCAUUGACAUAAUAUACAACAAUUAUCUAUAAUAUGUUAUUAUUAAUACUUUUGUAUAACGUGAAAUCUAUUUCCGCUAAUGUAUAAUGCGAUACUAUCUAAGAAAUAAAUUACGCUUUAUGUAAAUAAUAUUAAUACAAA